AUGGUCGACGCAGCUUUCUUCCAGGAGAACAUUGAGUGGCCUACGUCUUCUCUGGGAGACGUUACGCACAUCACCGAAAAAUGGAAGGGUCUUUCCAGUGUUGGCUUCAAUACUAUCGACGUCGCAGUAUCUGUUCCGGGUCAGAAGAACGAAGCCUAUCUUUGCGAGGGAGCAAAAUAUGUCAGGGUCGAUGGGAAGAAUGAUAAGAUCAUGUAUGGCCCUGCAAACCUGGCUGAUGAAUGGCCGGGACUUAUGAACGCUGACUUUGAUUCGGUCGACGCCGUCAUCACUGUGUCAACCGCUAAGGUCGACGGGGGGACUUAA